GCUGGGAACGCGCUCCAAGAGACGGGCGCGCGCGCGUGCAGAUGUGUCGCAGAUUUACUGAAAGUCUCUCGGAAAGACCCUCGUGCCACCAGGAAGUGUCCCCGGCUCCCCCGAAACCCGGAGCGGCUGAGCGGGGAGGGCGCGCGGCGGCGAGCGCGAGCUGUCAGCGGCAGCAGCUCGGGUUAGCUUAGUUUGUGACUUUGACAGUUGAGGGGGAGAAAAAAAGCAGCGGAGAUGGAGCUGUCUGCCAUCGGGGAGCAAGUGUUCGCUGUGGAAUCGAUCCUGAAGAAAAGAGUCCGGAAGGGAAACGUGGAGUAUCUGCUGAAGUGGAAAGGAUGGCCUCCAAAGUACAGCACCUGGGAGCCCGAAGAGCACAUUCUGGACCGGCGCCUGGUGCAGGCCUUCGAGGAGAAAGAAGAGCGGGAACGAGUGAUCAGCUGCAAAAAGAAAAGCCAGAAAGCCAAAAAGCUCUUCCUGGAGAACGCCGUCUACACCAUGGACCUCCGCAGCGCCCACAAGGCUCCCGGGAAGGCUCCGCCCCCUUUGCAGUUCUCGGCGGCGUCGUGUCCGGAGUCAGACGAGGACGACGGCUCCAGCAGCGACUGCCUCUCUCGGCGCCGGCGGACUCAUCGCCAGUGCAAGCAGAGGAUGUCGCAGAAACGGUACUUCGACUCCAGCUCUUCUAGCCCCGCCCAGGAGAACUGGGAGGAGCUAGAGUCGGAGGAGGAGGAGCAGGAGGAGGAGGAGGAGGAGGAGGAGCACACAUACAAAGGCUUUUUAAACGAGGGGAGCAGACGGCUGGACUUCCCCUGCCGACCCAAACGUCGUCGACGCGGCAUCCGCGUGGAGACCCGGCGAGGCUCCGGGAGACGUGACGGUCACAGACGUCACCCUCAACUCCCUCACCGUGACCUUCCGAGAGUCCCGGAUGGCCAAAGGCUUCUUCAGACGGGCUCAGCCGGCGUGCCGUCAGCCGCAUGGUGUGCACUGAGACAUGUUCGCUCGCCGUUUUCCAUCUCCCGGCCUUCAGGGGCAGAACGCUCCACGCCUGAGGAGGAACGGUUGUCGACACAUCAAGAGGAACCAGGAGUUGAAGAGUUCUUACUAAACAUUUUUAAUUUAACGCCAAAGAGGGAAUCCUGAGCACCGGAACCGAGAGACGGACCUUCACAAGGACCACUUCAUUUGUGCCAAAAACACUGUGGAACAGACCCAGACAUCCCAUAAUUUCACUUUAGCCUGGAAACGACUAGAAAAAUCCAUGUUAGAAGCUGAAAGGAAGAGCAAACAGAAAAAACAUGAAAUCUAAGACAAAGUUCAGACGAUAAAGUUCAAACCCGGCCGUGGAAGAGCGGACCAGAACCGCUGAGUCAGCGCCUAAGGUCCACUUUACGAGCACUUUAUCAGAUCAGUCAGGUAAGGAGAUCUUCAUCCUAAAGAACCACGUAUGGAAGGAGCAGGAUUUGAAUCUGUUUAUGAUCCACAAACUAUCAGGACAUAAACCUGAACAGAAGAAAAUUCUUUAAAUUAAAACCAUAAAAUUUACAUUUUCAAGCAUAUUUUCCAGUCAGAUUAACACUUUGUAAAGUCAUGUUUUCAUCGACUGUAUCUGAGAACUGGACUGAGCGAGCGUGAUGUCAUCCAUAGAGAAUGAUGGACGCCGCCAUGUUGGAACCAGACAGUAAGCAGUGAUUGGUCAGUCGGUCUGAGUCAUCGUUUCUAUGGAAACCACUCUCGUCAAUCAGGAAUGAGCUUGUUGGAAGGCCACACCCCUACCACUUGAAAUGUUGAAGGUGGGGGCCAUCAGGCUCCGCCUACUUUUAUUGAGGCAUCUGAUUGGUCUGUUUAUAACUUGAGCUACAGAAAAAAUGUAAUUUAAAAAAAUGAAGAUUAUAAAGAUAUAUUAAAAAAAAGUAUCAUAAGCUCAGCCCAGUUCUCAUAUACAGUCAAUGGUUUAUUCCAAAGAAUUACUAGAUUUUACACUAAAUAAAUCAAUUAAAUCUCAUAUUUUAUUCAGUCAGAUUCAUUUAACUACUAAAAUUUAGUUAAAGAUGUUUUUUCCUAAAACUAACACACUCUGUCUCAUUAAAACCCGUGGAGACCCUUUAGAUGAAGUUAUGGACCAAAAAUGUUGUUUACGGCUGUGCAGACGAGUCAGAUAAAAACCUAUUUAAAUGUUCUGCUUUUGACCCGUGGAAUGCAUCACCAUGGUAACCAGGAACAAAAACUGAAAGCGGUGAGUGUCACAGACUUCCUCAACGAUGACUCGGCUCUAAAGAUGCAGAUGAGUUACUCAGCGAGUUAGAGGAACGCCGCGGUGUCGGUGUUUCCUUGAAACAGAGCACUUUAAUGAGAGCGGGGAGACCUCACACAGGUGUGUCCUCACACAGGUGUGUCCUCCACCUGCUCCUCUGUGAGGGAGUGUCAUCAUCAGGGGUUCCUGAGGAUCAGGAAGUGUUGUAGUGGUUUGGGCCGCUCAGCCUCCUCCUGUCGCUGUGAGGAGGAGCUCCUGCUGCUCCUUCCAUCCACACACUUUACACGGGUCUCCAGAUGUGGGACCGUCCCCUCAAUUAUUUGACCCAUUUCCACACUUGAAAACGGGUCAAUUUGGACCCAAAGGGUUAAACAAAGCUCCUCGGCGGGAGCAUCUUCAGUCCAGAGUCUCACCUGGAAAUCGUCGGAGCUCGGCUUCCGUCAAGAACACAAACGCCAACGCCGUCCCUUCGUUUUGUUUCUGGUUUUUCCUUUUCCAGAGUGGAGAUGAGCCUUAAAACUUCUUACUCCAACCCCCCUCCCCCGGUCUGCUGGCCCCGCCCUCCAGACGCAGCACGCCGUCUCCUGAGGACGAUGGGAAUGUAAAGUGCCUGAUGUUGUUGUUUGUGAAGCUCUGGAAGCUCCGCCCCCUGACCCUGUUGCUGAGUGAUCAUUGGACCGUCGGGGACAACAUAUAUGUAACGUAUGCUGUGAAUGUAUAUUUAUUCUGAGUCGAUGCUCCUGACGGGACUCGGCGGUUGGCUUCUGACCCUGCACUUUAUCGUGAUGUGACCCUCACAGGCUCCCAUCCAUGUGUUCGAAUAAACGUUACUCAUGUUUGGUA